AUGCUGACAGCGGUGCUGCUGCUGAUUUUGGACCUUGGCUCCGCUGCUCCCCCAGCCAGAGAGUCCUAUAGGAUGCCACAGAGUGCACUGCAAGCACUGUCGGACCGUGGCACUGUGGUGCUCGAAGCGGCGCUGGCCAGCGCGCUGUCAGCUCUAGAGCGGGUAGCAUCGGAGCGCAGAGCGGCUGAAACCACUUGCCGAGGCUGUGUGCCCUGUCUCUUCCAGGACUGUGGACAGCGCUCUGGACCCUGUGAUAUGCCCUCAGUGGAGCCCACCUGUGAAGUCAUCAACAAGGUGCAAAAGUUACCAAAUGAACAGGAGCGGAACUGGGCAAUGAGUCAAGCAUGUGGGUUCUACCGACGACGCUGCCCAGCUGCGGAGCUGGACUCGGGUAGCUGCAUCCGGAUUAUGGGCGAGAGCUGCAGCAUGCGGGCCAUGCAAUGUAGCCUGCUCAGCACCAUGCGCAUCCUGGACACUCCUCAGGCCAAUACGCAAGCUCUCUGCGGGCACCGGCCCCCACUGGUCCACAAUGCCACACAGCCACGCUCUAAGAUUGUGGGUGGCUCGCUGGCGUCCCCAGGAAGCUGGCCCUGGUUGGUCAACCUGAGGCUGGACGGGGGGCUCAUGUGUGGGGGGGUGCUGGUGGACAGCUCCUGGGUGGUAACAGCUGCUCACUGCUUCUCUGGCAGUCGAAGUGAGAACCAGUGGACAGCAGUGGUGGGAGAAUUUGACAUAACCAAGUCUGAUCCUGAUGAGCAGAUCAUAAAGGUCAACCGCAUCGUAACUCAUCCCAAGUUCAACCCAAAGACCUUUAACAACGACAUUGGCCUGGUGGAGCUAAUGGCACCAGCGAUGCUCUCAGACCGUGUGCGUCCUGUCUGCCUGCCCUCUGGACCUGAUCCUUCCACGGGAACACCGUGCCUUGUGGCAGGAUGGGGUUCCCUGUAUGAAGAUGGUCCUUCUGCUGAGCAGGUGAUGGAGGCAAAAGUGCCCUUGUUACCCCAAAGUACCUGCAGGAAUGCCCUGGGCAAGGAGCUGGUCACCAACACCAUGUUCUGUGCUGGCUUCCUUUCUGGUGGUGUUGACUCCUGCCAGGGUGAUUCCGGUGGACCGCUCAUCUACCAGGACAAGCUUUCUGGUCGAUUCCACCUGUACGGCAUCACUUCGUGGGGUGAUGGCUGCGGGGAGCAGGGGAAGCCGGGGGUCUACACUCGGGUCACGGCCUUUGCUGACUGGAUUCAAGCUGAGAUGCAAAAAUCUGCAGAAAACCGGGAGCCCACAUGUCCAGAGCUGUUGAAGACGUCUGAGCUAUCAGAGGAGCAGCAGAGGUCAGAGUUUGGCACCUUGUGUCGCUUCUACUCUCAGUCCUGCCCCCAGGGACAAGGUGCCGCCUGCAGCCGACUCGCAGAGGACAAGUGCCGCACCCGUUUCAAGAAAUGCCAAAUGCGCUCCUUUCUGCAGACCCUCCUGGACCUGCUGCAACGUGCAGAGGACUACAUCCGGGACAAAGUAGAUCUGACAUUCUUUACCCAGACUCUCCCCCAGCUGGUGGAACACAUAUACAGCACAGCCUUCUCCACCAGGGAGCGGAGAGCUGCGCUGGCAGGUCGGAGUCACCGUGUCGCCAGAAGUCGUGGAUCUUCACCCAACGUCCCUUUUCGAGAAGGUGGGGCCCCUACUAGCAGACUGGACGGAUUAUCUGAGGGCCAUUGCUGAGGUCCUGGACCACCCUUCAGGCACUGUGAAAGUUCAGUCCCUACUUAACGAGAAAAGCCUCUUCUUGCAGGUGGAGGACACAGUUGUUGCACACCUGGGUGGAGAGUACCGCUCGCUGAUUGACCGGCUGCGCUCAAAGCUGGAUGAUAGUGCUGGACUUCCCUCCCCUACUGCUGAUCUGGGCCCAACCCAGACCGUGCUGCCAUCCCAUGAACCGAGCACGGCGCCGGGAAACUGGGAGUCUGACUCAGAGAUCUCCCUGAUGCUGAAGCCACGACCAUCAGUUGUUCCUGUUAGCAACCACCUCCCCACUACCAAGGAGGAAGGACCCUCAG